AUGCCUUCCAACUUUGAUAAACUGCCUAGAGAAGCUCUCACCUCCAUUGCGAGCGUGAGCGCACAGGUUAGCGAUGCCAUCUCCGCAUCUCUCCCCAUCGGGCCAGAGCAGUACCUGACCAUCACCGCCCCUGGAACUGUGAUUGAUCUGGUCAACUCGGACCGCGAUGACUCAUUUGUGUAUAAUGAAUCCAAACAUCAUUUCCCUCCAGCAAAUGUCAGACAGGCCGAAGCCAGCUUAGUUGACCGAAUGAUGCCGGUAGCCAAAUGCGCAGUGGGCAUCGAAAGAAAGAGUGUCGCACACAGUUAUGCUCGCGCCAUCGACAGUUUAAUUCCCGCAAGUCCGGUAUUCACUCCCAGCCCAGGCAUCCCCAGCCAUGGAAACAUGGACUACGCAAAGUCAAUGGAGCUUCUCAAAAAGAAAAUACCCGGAACCUCAAAGACCUUCAUUGAAGCUUAUCGCGACAAGGAGAUGAAGUGGGCUGAACGGCAGCAGGCUUGGGAACAGGCAAAGAUCAAUGCUGCUCGUAAGGCGGAAAAUGCCAUUGAAGAGGGGACCAAGGACUACGUCAAAAAGCGACAGGAAUAUUUUGAUAAAUGGAUGAAGAGUGAAGCAAAGUCCUACAAGAAUGCUAUUCAAGCUGCAUGGAUGGAUUGGGUUAUCAAUGGAAAGAAGAUGGAGGUCGAUAUGAUCUUUGGUAUGGUUCAGGUGGAUUCUAUGGCGCGCAUCGAAAACAGUAAGGAGGCGAUGAGGAGCUCUGCGAUAGACGAUCCAAGCGGCGAUGGAGAGGAAGUCUACGGGGUUAGUCUCGCGCCCAAGGCCUGGGCUACGGCCUGCAAAGCUAAGGCCGCGGAGUGGCAUGGCAAUGAUCUUGGGCAGCUGAACGGCAGUGACGAAAUUACAUGGAGUAAAGUCACGAUAUCCUACUCUGCAUCUGAUAUACAGACUUACGGAGGUGGAAGCGCCAGCUAUGGCCUCUGGACCUUGGGAGAUGCUAACUUGCCUAAGGAACUGCGCCAGGAGAUGGCAUCCUGCGAUGUCGGCAUUUCAUUUUCUGCCCUCGUUGUCAACAUCAGCCGCCCAUGGCUGCACAGCGAGCUCUUCAGCGACACGGACCUUGAUGCUCAAAGAGGAGUCAAAGUUAGCCCUGGCCCAAGUCGCAUCCAUGAGAUGCUCGUGCUCGAGGCCCAGGAAGAGGAGAGGAGCAGUGAAUGGGCUUUUCCUGCUUAUCCGACCUCAUUUGUCAUUGCUGCUGACACAACGAUUGAAUUCAGGGGACGAGUGAAGGCUAUAGAGGAGUUUUGGAAAGCUGGCAGUGAGCUGUUUGGGUAUGGGCCGUGGUCAGUGUCAGGCAGUGCUGCGGGCCGGCAGACCAGAGUUGAAUCAACUUCAACUGGCUGCAAGAUCAGUUUUGGGGCACCGCAGAUUAUUGGCUGGGUUAGCCAAAUUGUACCGUCUCUGCCGCGAUCAUAG